AGUUUGUAAUUUUGGCCACAGCAGAAGCGUCUUCCUUAUGAAUAUUUGGGUGAACACCUUUGAUUUGAUUGCCCUUCCUCCAGUUUAAUAAGUGAUUAAUUGCUACUAAAGUUCGGUGAAGAAGUGUGGUUUAGAAUCAAAUAUAUAUUUAUUAUUCUGUGAGAUUAUGAAGAGCUACGACAGCAAAUUUUUUGGAUUAUUGGGAAUUUUUGGAGCAGCCUUUCUAAUUAGUUUUGCAAGCAGUUUAGACAUUGAUAAGGAUAACAGCACGGGGGUUUCUUUGUUUUCUCAAGAUAAUGCAGAUUUUGGCGAGGAUGAAGAUUUUGCGUUUGCAGAUAGUUCAGAGCAAUUACCCUGUUCUGACCUGAGAGGAUAUGCUUUCGAUAACUCCACGACCAAAAAAUGUUGGUCGGUGGGGGAAAGGGGACCGUGUCCUCCGCAGAUGAAAUUCAUGAAAAAUCCUCUCCACGAAGGUUAUGGAGAAUGCGACUGCCUGCAAAUGAAAAAUUGCAUCGGACGUCCCAGGUCAUACUGGCCACCGACUGAUCGCUGCUACUUUAUCUAUUCUCAGGGCCCAUGCCCCCCUGGACAAUGGUUAGUAUUUAAUAGUGAAAGGAAGCCAGAGUGUCGUCCAAACCUGUGUGGAAAACAAGUAAAGCCGAGUCAGAAGAGCUUGGAUUUUCUGUUUCCAUUUAAUGGAACGUGUUACAAGACGGGAACGACUGCUUUUUGUGAAGAUCAGGCAGAAACGGUUUACAUUUCUUCCAGUGACCUGAAACCAAGAUGCUACACCACGAAACCCGUUUGCAGAUUUCUAAUUUUCACGGCAAAGACAUUGUCCUGUCGACCUGGAAGCAAGCUAGACGUCACUGGCAGAUGUAAUCAUAUGAGGGAAAUGGAUGAAGAAUAGAUUUGCAAAAAAUAAUAGCAAUUCCUGUGUGAAUGCAGUGUGCUUUUACACACGCAUUUGUAACCAAUUAAAACAAGUUAAUUCAAAAAACAAAGUAUAGACAUUCUGCCCUAAGUGCUUACAAAACUGACAUUAAAUUAAACAUUCUAAAAAUGUCAAGCAUAUUUGUGUCGUCCCAAUGCUUAAUUGCAUACUUCCUUGUUUACAUACUUGCCUGAUUUUGAGGGAAAUUAAAUUAAUACGCAUAGAAAAAUACUACUCAAACCUUUUGUCGUCUUGUUGCAAAAGUGUGUUAGCUAUGUUUAUUGGAAUAAUAUUUUUUAUAACUUGUAAAUAUGGUUUUUUGUACUUUCGUCGAGUAUAAUUUCUAAAUAAUGCAAUAAAUUUCCAGGUAGCUUGUAGUCAGUAAGAGGAAA